CGCCAUGUUUGUACCUAAAUCCGAAUCCUGGAUCUCAAAUGACAAUUUCUCAAGGAUCAUCAAAUUGUCGUUACCUAACUCAAGAUGCUGCAACGUUUUCCUAAGCGAUUCGAUCGAGGAUUUGGAAGUACUGUUCAGGCAAUUCAGAAGUAUCUAUCCAUACGAGUACCUCUUGAAACGAAACGAAUGUGACGGCUACUUCUUGCUGGGAUCGAGUGACACCGAUGUCAUGGAACUUAUAUCAAAGAUAUCGUCGUUGCAGCCGCAAACUGAAGUUUUGAUUAUCAUAAAUAGUAUUGUCUCUAACGAUUCAAGUAUAUUUAACAGCUCCCUAUACAGAGACGCGGACGUGAAUAUCGUCUCUAUGUCUGGAAUAUGGAAGUUAUCGGAAAAUUAUUUAAAGCCCCGAAUAUUUACUAAGCUUGAAAGGUACGAGGACAUGGCGCAUGAUUACAGCAAAAUGAAUUUCCGUGGCAGGGAGAUGCAAGUCUGCAGCAUAUUUCGACCUCCUAUGACUUAUUUCAAUCGCACGGUUAAUAAAACCAUCGAUGGGGUGCUGACUGAAGUUUUCAUAACAGAUAGAGAUUUGGAUAAAGAUGGCGUCGAGAUGCAGCUGUUCCUCAUCAUGGCUGAAAAACUAAAUUUUACCUGGUCGAUAAGAAAACCUAAAGGAAACUUCAAAUAUGGUAGACGGGUCAACGAGACUGUAUGGAAGGGUGGAAUGAUAGAAAUGUUACAUAAGAAACAGGUGGACAUGGCGUUUGGUAGUAUUUGGCUGACACAUGAUCAGUAUAAAUUUAUUAACUUAUCAGAAGCGUGGUACCAAGUGUAUCUACACUUUUUGGUGCCUCGUCCACGUCGAACCACCAGCUUCUGGGCCCUCGCUCGACCAUUUUCUACGAAUGUGUGGUACCUGUUGGUAUCGGUGAUUAUCACUCAUAGUCUUUACACGUGGACGAGGGCUUGGAUUGACCCGAAAUAUCCAAAACGUUUUCGAAAUUUCCUAAUUACCCUGACGGAUCUAAUUGGCUAUUUACUGAGCAGUACAGUACCGAAAACUAUCGCGAACAACAAACUGCAGAUACUUCUAUGGCAGACCGCCGGUUGGUUAAUAAUUACCGCUUAUUGCAGCAGCCUAGCAGCCAGCCUGGCUGGUUCUGAAUACGAGCCCAGAAUCGAUACCAUCAAACAAUUUCUUGAUGCGAAUUUAUGGUGGGGAGAGGAGGGUCCGCCGCCGUUUCGUGAUUAUUUCGAUCUUACGGAUCCGUACGCGGCGCAGCUGCCAAGUAGAUACAUUAAUACGGAGAACAGCACGCAAACGGAAGCCUUAAUUAAACGGGGCAAUUUCGCGAUUAUAGGAAAGAUCAUAGACACAUGCUUCUUUCCGGAGAAUAAUGUGACGAAUGAAGAUCUUAAGAAUUACAGGCUGAUGAGGCACUCCGUGGGCCACCAUUACGCGGCGUUUGCUGUUCAGCCGUGGCUAUUGGUGCCAGUGAACAGGUUAAUACUAUGGCUGAGGGAAACUGGCAUCACUAUCUGGCAUUUGCGUAACGUGAUUCGUAAGAGAAACAACUAUAACCUUCGCAAAGUUCUCGUAGAGCAGGACGGAUACGAUGGAAGCACGCAAGUACUCGGAUUGACUCCGCUCGGUGCUGGUUUUUCAUUGCUUCUAGUUGGUUUGUCGAUGUCAAUGUUAGUGUUCUAUCUAGAGCUCAAGUAUGCUGCUCGUAAAUCAAACUCUAUCCGUGACAUUCUUCGGGAUAUUGAUAAAAAACGCUAAUUCAAAUGCAAAAUAAUAUUUUAAUAAUUUUAAGAAUAUGUCACAUACGGAUAUUUCUUUCCAUGUAAAAAUAAAUCACUUAUUUAUGUCAUGAUUUUUCCUGCAACGUUUCAAAUACGUUUUAUGACCGCAAGUAGCACUUAGCAAAAGUCAAAAGUCGGUUUGUAUGGACUCUUAAUAGAUUUUUAAUGACUUCAGUGAAUCAUAUUUGU